AUGGCGACAACAGCUCAGUACAUCCCGCGGAAUAACUCCUUACCGUCUAACCCGCUCAUGCAUCCGGACUCGGACAGGAUGCACCAAGGGACGACCUACAGAGAGGUGCAGAAAAUGAUGCACCACGAGUAUUUGCAGGGGCUCGCGGCCACAAACACGGGACAUCCGAUGAGUUUGACGCACCACCAGUGGCUGCCCACAUCCAACACCGACUGGUCGAGCAGCAGCCACCUCCAGCAGGACCACAAGAGCAGCGUGCAGACCCGCGAGGACCUGACCACGAGCUUCCAUCACAGGUCCCAUCUGGUGCACCAGCAGCAGAGCGCGCACCAUGGCUCAUGGGCGCCCACCACCACGCAUCAUCUUUCCCCGCUUUCUCCCGCGUCAAACGGCCACCAGUCCUUGGUGUAUUCUCAGCCCGGGUAUACGAACCUCAACGCGAUGAUGAGCCCGCUGAACCACGGCAUGCGCGAGUCGCUUCACGACGACACGUCCGGUGGCCACGAUAACCAGCUGGAGUCCCCACAGCAGUUCAGCCAUCACCAGGACCACUCGGAUGAGGACGCGCCCAGCUCCGACGACUUGGAGCAGUUCGCCAAGCAGUUCAAGCAGCGCAGGAUCAAACUGGGCUUUACGCAGGCGGACGUGGGCCUCGCGUUGGGUACCCUCUACGGGAACGUCUUUUCUCAGACCACUAUCUGCAGAUUUGAGGCACUGCAGCUCAGCUUCAAGAACAUGUGCAAACUUAAGCCGCUCCUAAACAAGUGGCUGGAGGAGACGGACUCGAACACGGGCAGUCCCACCAAUUUGGACAAGAUCGCCGCGCAGGGCAGGAAACGAAAGAAGAGGACGUCCAUCGAAGUUGGGGUGAAAGGGGCGCUGGAGAAUCAUUUCUUAAAAUGCCCAAAGCCAUCCGCGCACGAAAUCAGCACUUUAGCCGGCACUCUGCAGCUAGAAAAAGAGGUAGUGCGCGUGUGGUUUUGUAAUAGAAGACAAAAAGAGAAAAGAAUGACACCAGUGGGGGUCCCUCACCCGAAUAUGGACGACGUAUAUUCCCAAGCAGAGACCCCUCCUCUACACCGCACACUACAGAGCCCUGUGCAGUGACUGUUUUCAUGAACGCUUUGAGGGGGGAGAGAAAAGGGGAAAUAAUGGGACUUGUGGAGUUUACAGUAUUUAAGUUUGGCUUUUGUUGUUCCUGACACAAAAAGAGACACGAGGGAGUUUGUUUGAACACCUUAGUAUUCGGAGUAAGUCUUGUCCAGCAAAUAGAUGACAGGAGCAAAAUGUUUAAAAAAGAAAAAAAAAAUACAGAAAAAAAGAUUGAAAAUAUUUGCUAUUACUGAUUUCGUGCGCGUUUAAAGUGAAACAAAGAUCUUUAUUUACCAAAAUUUUAUGGAGGCGACAUGCGUAUAAAGUAAAUCCCAUGGCUGGUCAAUAUGCCACAG